AUGCACGGGGUGCGUGUGGUGCCGUGUUCACUGUUUGAAUCAGAGGAGAUUACUCAAGAUGGGGACCUUCCUCACUCAACUUGUGGAAGUUCGGCUGUUGGAGCAAAUCAGCAACUUUUUAUGCAGAGAGUAUGGCAGCAAAGACCGCCAUGUUUGAAGCCCAUCCAGGGCUGCAUUCAAGGCGAUCACAGUGUUGUAGAAACAGUUGCUAAUGUGCUCACUUCACUUCCUUUUAUAGUUCUUGGACUCCAUGCCCCCAGGAAGAAUCUAAAUUCAAAGAUAUAUGCUAAUUCAUUAAUUGGAGUUGGAGUCGCCUCAAGUUUAUAUCAUUCUUCAAGAGGAAAACUAAGGCAAUAUUUAAGAUGGGCCGACUAUACAAUGAUAGCCACAGCAACAGUAUGUCUCUCAAGAGCCCUCAGAAAUGAAAACCCAAAAUUGCUGAUGGCAGCUUCUGCAUUAUUUCUACCGAUCCAGCCUCUGAUGGUUUCAGCCGUUCACACUGGAAUAAUGGAGGUAGCAUUUGCGAAAAGAGCAUUGAAAGAUCCAGAGCUAAGGACGGCCCACAAUGUACAUAAGAUGUCAUCACUAGUGGGAGGUGUGCUUUUUAUUGCUGAUGACAUGUUUCCUCAGACUCCCUUCCUUCAUGCUGCCUGGCAUCUCGCUGCAGCUGUUGGCGUUAGCACCUGCAAUAAGCUUCUGGAGUAG